AUGACACCAGCAUCCAAAGAAUACAGGCUUGUUGUUGUCGGCCCACCAGUUGUGGGAAAGUCUGCAUUGACGAUAAGACUGACCCAAUCGGAGUUUGCAAACGAAUAUGACCCUACAAUUGAGGAUUCCUACAGACAUUACUGCGAAAUCAACGGAGUUCCUUCUUCUCUGGAUAUUUUGGACACUGCAGGGCAGGAGGAGUACUCUUCCAUGAGAGACCUGUAUAUGAAAACGGGCGAAGGGUUUCUUUUGGUGUUUAGUUUGACGGACCGCAAGACUUUUGAAGAAAUCAGCUCGUUUUACAACCAAAUAAUGAGAGUCAAGGGCGAACAGGUCGCAUUUCCUCCCUUGAUUCUGGUAGGAAACAAAUCCGACCUGGUGGACGAAAGACAGGUGUCGAAGGACGAAGCAGUCACGCUUGCAUCGAGAAUGGGCUGUGCUUACAUUGAGACUUCGGCCAAGACAGGCUUAAACGUGACAGAAGCAUUCCAUAAUUUGGUCAAAAUUAUCAUAAAUAAUGGCUACAAACACGCUGGCCUGGUGGGCACCACAUUCCCCGACCCUUCGGAGGAAGCCAAAGAAAGACAGAAACAGACCACAGGUAAUAAAAAAGGCAAGAAAGAGGCUCGCUCGACGACUUCUGAAAACCCUGCCACAGGCACGGGAACUGGAGUCAAUGGGUCCACCGUCCAGGCUGCCGGAGCUAAUGACUCUUCUCAUGUCUCCGGUGCUGGCACUGGUGGUGAAUCGAAGCACAAAAAGGACGGUUCUGGGGGCUGCUGUAUUAUCAUGUGA